CGCUCACUCACACCCCGCGCGCGAUUCGCGGCCGCCGCACGUCCCUCUGCGCGUGCCAGUGUUUUCGUGUGAUACAGUGUGAUGUUGUGAUAGUGUAGUGUCGCAAUGGAGUCGACGCCGAUCUGUAGGUGUCGCGUUCUAUACUUGGGAUCCGCGGUGCCCCAGCAGAGCAAGGACGGCCUCCAGGGCAUACAGGAACCUCUGCGAGAAUUGUACCCGGAUAAGGGCGCGACCAGCGGCGGCAUCGACUCGUGGCUCUCGGUCUGGUCCAACGGGAUAUUGUUGGAGAAUGUGGACGAGAGCGGCUCGCGGGUGGCCAGGUUUUUUCCCAUUUCGAGUCUGCAUUACUGCGCGGCCGUGCGCCGGGUCACCGUCGAGGGUGCCCCGAGAUUCCUGCCUUUAGAUUCCCCGUUCGCGAGAGCCCCAGCGCCGCGGCGCCCGCCUCUCUUCGCGGCUGUAUUGAGACGCACUCAGGGCAUUAAGGUCCUGGAAUGUCACGCCUUUAUCUGUCGGCGCGAGGCCGCCGCCAACGCUUUAGUCCGCUGCUGCUUUCACGCAUACGCCGACAGUUCUUACGCUAAGCGUUUAGAAGCAGAACGAGCCCCGACAACGCUUCCACCCGACCUAGACGAGGAACUGGAAGUAUACGAUGGCGACGAGAACCAUAAAGUGUGGGUGGGUGAGGUGGAGCGCGACGAUGCUAGCGAUGACAUCCCGCAUCCGACUCGAGCCCCACGACCGCGCCAGAUCACGCGACCUGCCUCAGUGCCGCCGCCGCCCCCGCCCCCGGAGGAACCUAAAAAGAAGCUUACCACAAAAAAGACCAAGAAGAAGUCUUCGGCCUCGGCCGAUGAGCUGUACGCUACUAUGCCGGGCCCGGCACCGAUGAUGAACGGCAGGUCGUUAGGACGGGCCCCGCCGGCGUGGGCUGCCGGGCCCGGCGGGCACCCUAUGGUGCUGCUGGCGCACCCGGCGGCCACGCUGCCGCACGCGCGCGCGGCCACGCUGGCGCACCGCGGCCGCAUGCCGGCCGGGAUGCCGCCCGGCCCGUUCCCGCCCGGCCCGCCGCCCGGCCGCGGCCGCCUUCAGUAUGCCACCGUAGAUCCUCGGCGCUCUAAGCCGCCACCGCCGCCCUCCAUGAAAGCCGCUCAGAGCAUGACCACCUUAGAAGCCGUAGAAGACGCCGGUGGGAUUUACAGGAAGAAAGGACACUUGAACGAGCGCGCGUUCUCAUACAGCAUCCGACAGGAGCACCGGAGCAGGUCCCACGGGUCUCUCGCCAACCUGAAAUUCGCAGCUCCACCAGAGGUGGAGACAGGUCGCGAAGAACUCAAGAAGGAACGGGAGAUCAUGCAGUUGGUAGCGGGGCUGCAGCUAGGUCCUGACGAGGUGGACCGGAGAGAAGUGCCACCUCAUCUGCUCAGAGCGAGACACGCGCCUAGAUAACACGACCUUACUUGCGACAUCUACCGGCGCAUCGAAGAACUUUCUACAGGAUAGCGAGCAUCCUACCGGCACGGCACUUACCUCGACAUGGUUCCAAACACGACCACGUUCACCAAACGCGUGCCGCUCCGUCGAGCUCUAAGUCCGUGCGCUAAAGUCGAAACUUCCUUGUACAAUGUGGCUGUAACAAUAUGUUUUACGGCAAUAGGAUAGCGAUUGCCAAAUCGAUUUGCUAUAAUCGUAUCGAUUUGGCACGAAUGUAUAGUCAGUUGCAGACAAAUCUGAUCCUCCCCGCAUAGUAAUAUGAGGAGGGUCAGAGGGUGUAAGCCAAGGUGACAAACGCUAAUUAAAAUAAUCGAAAUAACAAAAAUUAGUUUCUUUGUACUUGUUAUCGGUUGUAACAAUAUUCUUUGUAAUACUUAAUUCUUUUGGAGAAAUAAAUUCUUAAGUCAUAAGCCAUACUUUUCGAUUGCCGUUGACGAUUAGCGAUUGUCACUUUGGCUAUGCCCCCAGGUAUCUCUGCAGCCGACUGUAAGAUGUAAGUAUUGUAAGAGAAUAGAUUUACAGAUCUAUUUUUUAUUUUAAUGUAGGUAAUGCUGAUUUUGGAUCUAAUAUUCUUUUGGUUUUGAGCAAUGAAUUUAAUGAAAUUAGGAAAGGUUUUGUAUCUUAUCAUAUUUUAUAAAUGGUUUAAAAGUUCAGAGGUCAAGAUGUACAAUAGGUUGUAUUUAUGUUUAUAAAAGUUGUAUGUACAAAUUUCGCAUCUGAUCUUAUGAAUAGACCUAUAAAUAAACUUAUUGUGCAUAGUUACGGAAUCACAAUAUUUUGUUUCUACGUCGAAUGCUUACCGAACAGAUUACAAAUGCUGUUUUGAAAAUACGAGAGAAAAUACUCGUAUGUUGAUAUUGAUAUUCCACAACACAUACAAGGGUAUUGUAACAAACAUAUGUGGCUUUCCAUCAGAGAAGAAUCCUUAUACAUAAGGAUGGAAAGCCACAUAUUUAGUAGAAUAGAAUCUACCAAAUUUUGGAUUAUAACAUUUAUAGCGCUCAAUUAUUAUGAAUUCAGUAUUCCUACUUUAGAUCUUUUACGUAAAUAUGAUUUUAUAUUUUUACAUAUGUCAACCAAGGAAUUUUUUUAAUAUGUUAGAUUAUUUUUUAUUUGUAGCUGUAGUUCGCGACCAGUAAUAUUGGCAAAAACUGUUGGAACUCAAGGGCUCCACAGACCUUGCAACAAAUCGCAUUCUACAGCGAUACUCGAUACACUGGCGGUUAAGUAGGUAUAACGUAUUCAAUUGAUCGAUCAAAUGCCGCAAUGUAUUAAAAAUCGCAUGCGAUUUGUUGCAAGGUUAGUGAAGCUCUUUACAGAAGGGCUGUAGUCUUCAUGCAAGUUGCAGUUGAAACGCGGUCCAUCUGUUUAAGCCCUAAUAAAAAAUAAUUUGUGGCUAAAGGGAUCCACUUUUAAAAACAUAAAAAUAAUGAAAUGUUUGUACAAAAGAGUUCAGAGGGGCAUGGUGCAUGCACUGUAUAUACAUUGAUUAUGUUUUAGACAUGGCCAAUUUGUAAAACUAAUGAUACGUUUCUCUACUUAUUGGACAUAUACUUAACUUUUAUUUAAUGAAAACCUCUUUCUAGUUUAACUUUAAGACUAUUUUUCUAUUAUGUAUUACUUACGUCUCCACAUCGCAAUUCUCAUAAAUAUAAAUAAUUUCUGAGCAAUUAAAUACAAUACAAGUUUAUAUUUUUGGCCAUGUCUAAAAAUACUAGGUAAUUAGUAGGUACAUACUCAAAUAAUGUGACAUUCCAUAAUUAUUAAAAUUUCGUUGUGUACCGCAUUUGUUAUAUUGUAACACACAACAACGAUAUUUUUACGUGCUUAGUUAUUUUAUAUAGUUAUUGCUCAUUACAGUUUUCAUUAACGAUCAUAUGUGUCGAUUGCUUUGAAACUUUCUUAGUUCACUUUUAUAAAGAUCACAAUAAAAAGUGACUUAAUAUUGCCCUUCGAAGUUAUAGGCCAUCAUACUUAACAAUAUUUUAUUGUGACUCCUUAAAGUAAUUUCAUACAGCAUAAAAUUUAUACUAACUCAUGCGGCUAUGGCCAAACAGAAGUUUCCAAAUAAAAAAACAAAAAAAAUCUAACAUCAAGUGCAACCGGACUAAUGUGUGGUAUUUUCUAUAAAAAUGGACCUUAUUGUCGAUAGCGCUUACGCCAUUAUAAACGAUGCUCCGAUAUAAAUACAAUGCCGCGCGACGCUGUGCGGCGUAAGCGCCAUCGACAAUAAGGUCCCUUUUCAUAGAAAAUGCCCCAAUGUACACGUGGUGUCGACUGUUGAGUUACAGAAAAUCUGCUAUAAAAAAAACAUAAACAGAAAAACAUUGCGAUUGACACAUAUGUUAUGUAAUGUUUAUUUUUCACGUGAAUGUGAAGAAUUUGGAACAGUUGAAUGUGUAAGUAGACAUGAGUUUGGCAUACGGUGAGUUUCUUUUGGUACCUACAUGUUAUGAAGAUGGAAGUCGAGAUUAAGUGAGUAAGUGACACUAUUAAAAUGAUUGUCCCAUGAGUACAAAUGUAAAAGGGACAUGCUUAUUUUAGAUUAAUGUACCUAAUUUUAUGGAAUAGUAACGAUAUAACUUAUAUUUGUGUUUUUUUUUCCACUUGGUUUUGAAAACUCGAUAGCUGGGGGUUUAUCACACGUAAGGAAUAUAAGUCGUUGGGAAACUGCACUGCUAUUGCUGCUGAAUAGAAUAUUGUUCUUACUUUAAUAGGUUGAUUCUUAAGAGCUAGCACGAGAUUUAGACUGAACUGUCCAAAUUCUUAUAUAAAACACGUACCAGCGGGUUUACAGCGAAAACCGAAAAUCGAAUUUUCGCGGUAGAGUCUACAGGGUAGACCCCUAGCUUUCGUGAAUCGACAAACUUUUUUUUAUAAACAAUAUGCAGGGAAAACUUCUGAUAUUAAUAAACCCGCCGUGUGCCAGACAGACUUUUGUAUUGUAAAUAUUCUCGAAUAAUCUAGUGCAUCUUCAUUAUAUUUUGUCAUUUAGGCUACGAGUGCCAUCAACGUUUUUCGUUGGGUUUUAAAAUUAAUUAUAUUUUAUAAUAUCUUGUUACGUUUCUCAAUGUAUAAAACAUUCCAUUGUAUAUAUAGAAAUGUUUUAGUAAUAAAAUCUUUAAUCUUUUCAACGAGUAGACAACGAUGUAUUCAAAUUCCAUAUUAAAUAUAAUUUUUAUUUAAUUAAUAAAUAGUCGUUAAUUAAUAAAA